AUGAUUACUACAAUCCCUAUUUCUCUUCAUCAAUCAACUGAUCGUACAGGAACUACUUAUAGAUUUGAAAAUCAAAAAUAAUAAAGCAUGAAUCUUUUACAAAGAGUGAAAUAGCACUUAUAAUAUAAGUCAGCAUCAUUUAAGACAAAGAAAUUAUGUGUUAUUGAUUCAUAAUAAUUGGACAAAUAUUUAGAUGAUGAAUUAAAUGAUAAAAAGUAAAUAACAGCAAUGGAUAAUGAUGAUAUAAAUCAUCAGAAAUUAAUUGAUGAUUGUGUUAGAGAUAUAUUAAAAUUUAACAAACCAGUACCUGAUUAAACUGAUACAUCUCCUAUGUUUAGAGGUAGCUAAAGAUCAUCUUUCUCCUAAAUUGGAAAAAGUGUUCCUAAAAACAGAAUCAAAAGAUUAUCAUCCACUAUACUGGUUGGGCAAAUGGUUAAAAACAAAGGAUUAGAAAAGCCAACAAUAAACUAAAUCAAAUAAUAACAAAUUGAUAAAAUUAUCAAAUUUGAAAAAGAGAGAAAAAGUACAGAGACCAAUCCAAAACCUCUUAAAAUCGUUUUACCUAUUAUUUUGACAAAAAAUUAAGAAAGAGAAUCUUUAAAUUAAUUUUCAUAAAAACUUAGUAUGGUUACUGCAUCUUAUAGAUACUUAAAAACAAAAAAAAGGGUUUUAUCUUAAGAACCUUCUCCGUUGUUUGAUCCUCAUACAAGUUUUUCAAUGAUAUCUGAUUCAUUUGAUUGCAGUCCUAAAUAAUAUGAAUCUAAUAGAAGACUUGGAACUUUAAUACAGCAAUUAAAUAAUGAAAAAGAUGAGAUAACAACACAUUAAAGAAAAAUUAAAAAUUCAAUUUGUUAAAAUUAGAAAAAUUUCAAUAAAAUUGAUGAGAAAUUAUAACCUGGAAAUUAAGAAAAAUAUAAUUAUCUAAAACAUGAAUAAUAGAUAUUUGGAAAAGUAAAAUAACGUAAAAUAUUACUUUGA